AUGAAUAUGACUACUAUCCUACAAGAGAUUUUGAUUAAAAGAUCACAGCAGAAGAAGAGGACUUCUCCCUUAAACUACAAAGAGAGGCUUUUUGUACUCACAAAGUCUAUGCUAACAUAUUACGAAGGUCGAGCGGAGAAAAAGUACAGAAAAGGAUCUGUGGAUAUUUCAAGGAUUAAAUGUGUAGAAGUUGUAAAAAGUGAUGGUAUUGUUCCCUGUCAAAAUAAAUAUCCCUUUCAGGUUGUAUAUGAUGCUAAUACGCUUUAUAUUUUUGCACCAAGUGCAGAGAGCCGGGAUCAGUGGGUGAGGAAUCUGAAAGAAGAAAUAAAGAACAACAGCAAUAUAAUGGUAAAAUAUCAUCCUAAAUUCUGGACAGAGGGAAUUUAUCAGUGUUGCAGACAGACAGAAAAAUUAGCACCCGGCUGUGAAAAAUAUAAUCUUUUUGAAAACAGUGUAAUGAGAUUUCCCUCUCCAAUGCCACAAAAAAUUGUGCGAAGGCCUCCACCACCUGUUCCUCCAGUUGAAGAAAAUGGCCAUGAAGAGGAAGAUAUAGUAGUAGCAAUGUAUGAUUUUGAGCCUACAGAGCAUCAUGAUUUAAGAUUAGAGAAAGGUGAAGAAUAUACAGUGAUUGAGAAGAAUGACAUUCACUGGUGGAAGGCGAGAGACAAAUAUGGAAAACAAGGCUAUAUUCCAAGCAACUAUGUAACAGGAAAGAAGUCCAACAACCUUGAUCAAUAUGAGUGGUACAGCAGAAACCUAAACAGAAGCAAGGCAGAGCAGCUUCUCAGAAAUGAGGAUAAAGAAGGUGGUUUUGUGGUGAGAGACUCCAGUCAGCCUGGCCUCUAUACCGUUUCCCUUUAUACAAAGUUUGGAGGAGAAGGUUCAUCAGGAAUAAGACACUACCAUAUAAAAGAAACAGUGACGUCACCAAAGCAGUACUACCUCGCAGAAAAACAUCUCUUUAACUCCAUUCCAGAAAUAAUUGAGUAUCAUAAACAUAAUGCAGCAGGUCUUGUCACCAGGCUGCGUUACCCAGUCACCCCAAAGAAGACAACAGCACCAACAACAGCAGGAUUCAGCUAUGAGAAAUGGGAAAUUAAUCCCUCAGAACUGACAUUCAUGAGAGAACUGGGCAGUGGUCUGUUCGGCGUAGUGCGCCUUGGGAAGUGGAGGGCACAGUACAAAGUGGCCAUCAAAGCAAUUCGGGAAGGGGCAAUGUAUGAAGAGGAUUUCAUUGAAGAAGCUAAAGUAAUGAUGAAACUAACACAUCCUAAAUUAGUUCAGCUGUAUGGUGUGUGCACACAACAGAGACCUAUUUACAUCGUGACAGAGUUCAUGGAGCAUGGCUGCCUUCUCAAUUACCUGAGACAAAAACGGGGAGUUUUGAGUAAAGAUGUCCUGCUCACUAUGUGCCAAGAUGUAUGUGAGGGAAUGGAGUACCUGGAGAGAAACAGCUUUAUCCACAGAGACCUGGCUGCCAGAAACUGCUUGGUGAGUGACUCAGGAGUGGUCAAAGUGUCAGAUUUUGGAAUGACAAGGUAUGUCCUUGAUGAUCAAUACACAAGCUCCUCAGGGGCCAAAUUUCCUGUGAAAUGGUGCCCCCCAGAAGUUUUUAAUUAUAGCCGAUUCAGCAGCAAGUCAGAUGUGUGGUCGUUUGGUGUUCUGAUGUGGGAAGUCUUUACAGAAGGAAAAAUGCCCUUUGAAAAAAGCUCCAACUAUGAAGUGGUAACGAUGGUUAGUCAAGGACACCGUCUGUAUCGGCCCAAACUAGCCUGCAAGCAGGUGUAUGAAAUGAUGAUGAUGUGCUGGCAGGAGAAACCAGAGGGGCGCCCGACAUUUGAAGACUUGCUUCACACAAUCAUUGACAUUGCAGAGGGUGAAGAUGCUUUCUGAAGAAACAACAGCAGCACAAAUACAGGAAAGAAGCCACUUUCCAGAGAUGUGGUGUCACCAUUUCUUUUGAAAAGCAUGAUCCUGUAAGCUACUGGAUAUUGUGAAAUGGUGUGGGUAACC